GUGCUGUCCCUGCCCCAUCGCAGGCUAGUGUGCUACUGUCGGCUGUUUGAAGUGCCAGACCCCAACAAGCUCCAGAAGCUAGGCCUGCACCAGCGGGAGAUUUUCCUGUUUAAUGACCUUCUGGUGGUAGGUGUCCCCUCCUGCCUUUCUCCUGUCCUGUCCUGUCCUGUCCUGUCCUGUCCUGUCCUGUCCUGUCCUGUCCUGUCCUGUCCUGUCCUGUCCUGUGUUAAAUAUGGUCAUUCAAAUAUGGUCAUUCUACAGUAGCCUCACAGCAACAACAAUGGGCAAAGAAAUACAGUCUAUGAGCUUUCAGUUCAAACCUUUCUUUUGUUUCUCCAAUCUCUUUCUUCCCUCACAGUAUAACUCAUGUCUGUGUGCUUGUUUGGGUGUUUAUUUGGUUGCAGGUGACAAAGAUUUUCCAGAAGAAGAAGAACUCUGUGACAUACAGCUUCCGGCAGUCUUUCUCUCUGUAUGGGAUGCAGGUUCUGAUGUUUGAGAACCAGUGUAAGUAGAACAGACCUCUCCCUGUCCAUUCAAAUCAAAUCAAAUCCAAUUUUAUUUGCACAUGCGCCGAAUACAACAGGUGUAGGUAUACCUUACAGUGAAAUGCUUACUUACAAGCCCUUAACCAACAAUGCAGUUUUAAGGAAGAAUACCCCCAAAAAAUCAUAAAAAAUACAUUAUAAAAUAAUAUGAAAUAAAGUAACAAAUAAUUAAAGAGCAGCAGUAAAAAUAACAAUAGCAAGGCUAUAUACAGGGGGUACCGGUACCGAGACAAUGUGCACCGGUUAGUUGGGGUAAUAUGUACAUGUAUGUAGAGUUAUUAAAGUGACUAUGCAUAGAUAAUAAACAGAGAGUAGCAGCAGUGUAAAAGAGGGGUGGGCAAUGCAAAUAGUCUGGGUAGCCAUUUGAUUAGAUGUUCAGGAAUCUUAUGGCUUGGGGGUAGAAGCUGUUUAGAAGUCUCUUGGACCUUGACUUGGCGCUCUGGUACCGCUUGCCGUGCGGUAGCAGAGAGAACAGUCUUAUUUAUUAUUAUUAUUACUUUUUUUUGUCAUUUAGCAGACGCUCUUAUCCAGAGCGACUUACAGGAGCAAUUAGGGUUAAGUGUCUUGCUCAAGGGCACAUCGACAGAUUUUUCACCUAGUCGGCUCGGGGAUUAGAACCAGCGACCUUUCGGUUACUGGCACAACGCUCUUAACAACUAAGCUACCUAAGCUACCUGCCGCCCCAGCCCUAGUCUAUGACUAGGGUGGCUGGAGUCUUUGACAAUUUUUAGGGCCUUCCUCUGACACCACCUGGUAUAGAGGUCCUGGAUGGCAGGAAGCUUGGCCCCAGUGAUGUACUGGGCCGUACAGACUACCCUCUGUAGUGCCUUGCGGUCGGAGGCCGAGCAGUUGCCAUACCAGGCGGGGAUGCAACCAGUCACGAUGCUCUUGAUGGUGCAGCUGUAGAACAUUUUCAGGAUCUGAGGACCCAUGCCAAAUCUUUUCAGUCUCCAUAGGUUUUGUCGUGCCCUCUUCACGACUGUCUUGGUGUGCUUAGACUAUGUUAGUUUGUUGGUGAUGUGGACACCAAGGAACUUGAAGCUCUCAACCUGCUCCACUACAGCCCUGUGGAUGAGAAUGGGGGCAUUCACCAUCUCCGCAAUGUGUUGUUAGCCCAGCAUGCUUAUAUAGUACAUCCCACUGGGUUCAAUUUGGCACAUCUAUAUACAUCUAACCAUCCUGUGAUGAUGGAACGAGACACUGUUUAUACUUUCAAAACAGACAGAUUUUCAGAACGCGCUUUUAAACUUCCUUUGUGGUCGAUGCCCCGAGUUUUAAAGGUCUCUCUCUCUCUCUCUCUCUCUCUCUCUCUCUCUCUCUGUGUUUGGACCAGAUUACGGGAAUGGAAUCAGGCUUACAUCAGCCAUACCAGGUGCCGACAUCAAAGUCCUCAUCAACUUUAACGCGCCCAACCCCCAGGACCGCAAGAAGUUCACUGACGACCUGCGAGAGUCUAUCGCCGAGGUCCAGGAAAUGGAGAAAUACAGGAUAGAGUGUGAGCAGACAUUUUAGCUCUCUAUCCCCCGCCCUCAUUCCCUCUCUCCCUCUCUCCAUCCACCCCUCCCUCCCUGGCCGCUGCGGGCCAUGUAAACUCAGUCAAGUAGAGGCAGAGAGGGCAUGGUCCUCAUCACUCACUCUGUUUAUGAGGAGGAAUGUUUAUAGAGUUCACAGGGUGACUACCACGAGGAGGACUGUGUUUGCGGAAGGUGAUUUAUCAAAGAGAAACACACCGAAGACUGUUUUUAAGAAUGAGUCAAAUGUACGAAAGGAUUUAGGUGCACUUUUACAAUGUUACAUUUGAUUAUUAUGUAAAUGCAAUAGUUACCGAAUGUAUAGUAAUAAUCUAUAUGAAAGUAAGACAAGUGCCAGUGAUGAAAUGAUAUGAGGAAAUGUAGAGGUAUUGUAUGUUUGAAGAUGAACACUGAAACAUACACACACACACACACACACACACACACACACACACACAGUAUCUUUACCUUACUCUCUCCCCAUAUGUAUGUUCAUAUAAAGCUGAGCUGGAGAAGCAGAAAGGGGUGGUGAGGCCCAGUAUGUCCCAGAGCUCUGGGCUGAAGAAGGAGGCUGGCAACGGCAACAUGAACCGUGCCAGUCUGGACGACACCUACACCAUGGGCGAGGGCCUGAAGAGGAGCGCCCUCAGCAGCUCCCUCCGCGACCUCUCCGAAGCAGGUGAGGUCAAAGGUCAUCAUUGUGUUCACAAGAGGGUCCUUUCCUGCGAGAGACCCUCUGUUGUUUUUACCACCUCACUCGUCCUAUAGUAAUAUAACACGGAGCAUCCAACAUUGUUUUAUAGCACCUUGAAUUGAUGUCAGACAUCUCUAAGCUGUAUUGAUGAUCAAGUAAAAUGUAAUUCCAGUGAGAUGUUCCUAUUAAAUAACUUAAAUGCAUUCUGUAUCUGGGCAGUGUGAGACUUGACAGGAUAAUUGCGCUUAAGUCCUGUAAGUUUAGUCCUAAAAUUAUUUUCUGGUACUGGUGCCCUACCCCAAUGUGAAAUAGUUUUAUCGUAACCUGGGAUUUGAAACAACAGAAGUAGGUUUGUGCCAUUUGAAAAAUAUAAGUUUCUAAAUUAAUAAGCUAUUUGGUAUGAUGUUAUCCAUAGGCCUACUUUAGAGGGUUUGCCUUUCCACUGAAAAGUGAUAUUGAAGGAAGGAUGACUCUCGCCCCUGUAUCUAAAUCAAAAUAUACUUUAUAUCUCAAUGAACACCUUUGAUUUUUGCACUUUUACGUGUCACAUUCUCAUGCUUAAAUCCCUCUUUUCUUGUCACAACAUUUCAUGAUAAGGCUUGCUUGUUAUAUGUUGAAUUAAUCCACCUUUAUUCAUUACCAGUCAUUCUCUCAUGUAUUGCUGUGAUCCAAGCCCACUGAAUUCAAUGGGGAUCUGUUCUCAUACAAUAAGUGACGCAAGAUGAGAUCUGGUUCCAAAAUUACAACAAACAUCUCAUUGUCAUGAAUAUCGAGAAUGUUUCACAUAGCAUUUCGGACUCUAAAGCGAAUCACCUUGAGAACGUGUCAUUCAUUCUGGAUCGCAGUUAUGUUAAGACAUCAUGAUAACGUAAUGAAAUCCAUAUAGAAGUUCUACAGUAUCUCACAUUAGGAUGUAUGUGCUCUGUUUCUAAUGUCAUGUUGGGUACUGUACUGAAAUACUGAUACGAUAAGGCUAGUCAGUGCUGAAGUUAAUAGAUCGACAUACUAGUGUUUCCGCCCUCCUGUCUUAGCUAGGUUUUUGCGUAUGUUUAAGCUCUAACUUUCUCAACGCAGGACGUGGCAUGAUAGUGUGGUCAUUUCCUGUUUUUAUUUUCUCGCCAUUCUCCAUCUCAUUAUGUACUUCCUGAUAUAUCCAUUCCCAUUGGGUUUCUCCAUAUGUGAAGACUGGUCAUGUAUCCAUUGGCUGAGCCUCUAACAGUGGCAAACCGUUCUAUUUGCUCUUGGUCCUUUUCUGUAUUUGCUCGUACACCUCAUGUGCAACAGCCAUUGUAUUGCUUUUGAUGUUUCUUCUCCUUCGUGACUGUCACUGCCAUUGGCUCUCUACAAAGCCACCCGUUACCCUUCCUUAUGACAAUCUACAUCUUGUGACAACAUUAAAUCCAUGUUGUCACAUUCUAUCAGGGAAAAAAUAUAUGAAUUAUCUUAACUAGUUGUAGUUUAGAGAUACUAACAUUGCUUAGCUCUUUGUAGUUAUGCUGAUGUCCUCAGCUGAAUGUUGCAAAAAUGAUUUAAGGUUGAGCAAUGCAGUAAAUUCAAACUUUAGAAUUGUGUUUUAUUUUCAUUAUAACAUCUAAGCUUAUGACCAGAAAGAUAGGAUAUAUAAUAUGAAUAGUGUAAAAGUACACAGACCAAAUAUCUCUCUUUAUCUCCUAAGUAAAUAUCAACAAAGCUGCUAAAAUAAUGGACGUGACUUUGCGACAGUAAUACCUACCUAUCUAUCAACCGGUCCCCCACACGCUCCCUGCCCCUUUUAUCUCAGUUUCCAGUGUACUACUCACAACCCCCUGCACUGCCCCCUAGGGGAGAGGAGGGCUGCCUAAACCUCUGUAGUUGAUCCAGGAGUGCUGUCCUAUCCAUCUCUAAUCUGUGGUAUUGCAUGUCUCGGGCAGGCAAGCGUGGGCGCCGCAGCAGUGCAGGAUCACUAGACAGCAAUAUGGAAGUAAGUUUGAAGCAGCUGGUGUCCAAGCUACUCUGUGAUGAUGUGCACUGUAAAAACAUAGUUUAUUUUUGUUGUUCUUGCACCCCUCUCUGCUUCAUAGACUCUCAGUUUAUUUUGUUUUAUGACCUUUUUUUAUUAUAAUUUUUUUAUCUCGGAUGCCUUUUAACAACCUGCCUGUCUCGGUUAGUGUGCAUGCAUGGGCUGCCUGCCUCUGACGCUGGCUAGAUGGGAGACAUGUCUUGUUUUGGUCAUGUGACCAGUUUGCCUUUUUUCUUGAAACAAGCAUGACUCUACUAGUAAUCCCCCCUUCCUCCCUCUAAUCCCCCCAGCUGUUUGUUUUGAUCACCGUCUAAUGUCUUCCAUUCAGCCAUGUCCCGACCCGCAGUUUGACUUUCCUUUAGGAUUCUCUUACCUUAGGCAGGGGUGCCAGUGAAUACCUGUUGUAGCACCUACUCUCCCCCUAGUGUGCAAACCUAAAGCCCCCCUCUCCUGUCCCCUGUCUGUCCUAUUGAAAGAAAGCCCACGGAGGUUUGAGGCUCAGGGAGGAAGGUUAUCUUACUGCAGCUCACGGUCACAUCAAUAUCUCACUGUCAGAACUCUAUCGAUGGGCUUUUUACACACAAUAUGAAAGGGUCAAUAUGAAAGAUGUGGAUUUCAUUCAUCAUCAUUUCUUCAUUCCAUGAGUCCAUGUGUUGGUUUUGAAGUCUGGGAAACCUUGAAAAUGUCAUUCCACAUUCAAAUAAAUAUAUAUGGUCUCUUCACAACCUUGGACAGAGCAUGCACCAAGAACUAGAACAGGGGAUAGGUGAACAGAGUUAUUUUCAAAUGUGCCUACCAGAGCUCCAGUAUAGCUGCUUCCCGCUGUCUGGUUGAAUGCUAAGCCAAUAUGGAUGGAGAGUAUACCUGUCACCUCCUCUGCAUGUGGAUCUUCUGCCUCCAUUGUUUUUAACCAGUUGCAUGUGGGACUCUCCGGUUUGGAAGGCGUUCAACAAUAUGAAUAUGAAUCUGCCUUUUAUACUUUUGAUGCAUCUAUUGUUAACGGUUCCGUUUUCAAAUCUCUCACAGACACGUAUGUCAUUUAAGAAAGUUCAAUUUUUUUUGUAACAUUGUCAAGAGUGGCCAUAACCCUGAUAUUACCAUUCAUUAUUUGUCUGUCCGCCAUCAUGAGCUGCCAUUUUUUGUUCCUUUUUUUGCAUGCUCUCUGUAACGUUUUGCAACUUGCUGUUGACCCUUGAAUAUGCAGGCAAUUUUCACCACUUCCAUGAGGUGGUGCCUUAGCUUAACUGCUGGUAGUCUAGUAGGUGGUGUGAUACUGUGAGUGUCUGCCUGUAUAGAAGGCAUGGAUAGAGAUGAUGUUACCCUUUUCUCUCCCACAGGGGUCCAUCAUUAGCAGCCCUCACAUAUGCCGGAGAGCCACGACCCCACGCAUCGAGGGCCCGUCCCGGGGCCACCCCACCAUCCCCAACUCCUCCUCCCUCCUCGGUUCGCUCUUUGGCAGCAAACGGGGGAAGCCUUCAUCCCAGAGCCAUCCUCCUCUUCCUCUGCCUGGUCACCCCACCCUCAUCUCCCACACGCCCCAUCCGUCCAACCUCCACCACACAGCCCAGCAGGUAUCCCAGGCUCAGCUCCACCACUCCCAGUACUGCCACGUCCAGCAGAACCCCCCUCCCUACCACCACCAUCAUCACUACCACCCCCCGCCCCACACACAGUACCACCAGCACCCGGCAGCAUACGCAUCCUCCUCCCACACACACCAACACACGCACCCCCACGCUCAUGUACCACAGCACAGCCACGGCGCCCACAGCCAGCAUUCCCAUCACGCUUCACACUCCCAGCAUGCUCCUCACCACCACAGUCAGCAGCAGGGCCCGGCACCCUGGCGGGCCCAAACCCAAACACAGUGGCAUCAGUUACCGUGGUGUGACGUCCCUCAGAAGAGAGAGAAGAGAGAGAGAGAGAGAGAGAGAGAGAGAGAGAGAAGAGAGAGAAGAGAGAGAGAGAGAGAUAUAUAGUCAUAUAUCUAUCUCAGAUCAGUCUUCGCCUCAUAUUCGAGUCUCUUCUCGAUCUUCUCUCAAUCUCCUCUCUUCUCUCAUGUCUCUCUCUCUCUCUACUCUCUUCUCUCUCUCUCUCUCUCUUCUCUCUCUCGCUACCCUCUCUCUCUCUGCUCUCUCUCUCUCUCUCUCUCGCUUCUCGCUCUCUCUCUCUCUCUCUCCUCCUCUCGUAUCCGUAUCGUCCGCUAACUAGACGAUUAAUUCUAGUGGCCGUCCUUCUUCUCCCCCCAAAGAGACAGAGGGUAUACUGUAAGUCGAUGGCCUGUCCACUGUGUUCCGCUAUUGUGAUGGAGAUGGACCUCUGGCAGUCCUAUGUAUCCGCUCCCCCUUCAGCUGCUCACCAAUAUGCAGGAUGGAAACCAGACUCAAUUCUUCCACAAAGGGCCUCGGCUCGAACCUUAGUAAGGGCCUCUGUCUCUCUGUCAGGGCUUCAGGGAGGAGGUGUUUUUUUUACGGGGAAACACUUUCCCUCCUUCUCCUCAUGAACUCACACCAAACCCGGCUGUGACGGCUGAAGAGAACCGUGCAUUCUCUGUAGGCUGCUCUCCACUGCUCCGUUCUUUCAAUAGCCUGUCUUCCCUUCACAUAAUCAGGAGACGAGACCACCUGGGAAAGGCCUGAAAAAACAUGUCUGACUGUUUUCUCUGUCACGAUGGCAUAUUAUAUUGUACACAGUCUUUUUAAACCAACCUAGCUUUUAACACUCUGCUUUCUUGAGGUUUGCGAAACCCUCUUUUCAUUUUUAAGAAUGCUGUUUGUUCUUGCCUCUCCUAGAAUUCAUGUAGUGUAGAAAAGCUAGGUGUAAUCAUUUCACAAUAACUAGACCAACGGACAGGCUAACAACAGUCUCAAUCGUAGUAGUUCUAGUGUUGUAUUUACUGUAGAUGACAGCUUUACGUGUUGUCUCCUAGCUCUCAUUGAUAAAUGUGCCAAUUACUAAUGCAUAAACUAUUUAGUCUAGACUUCAUGUACAGUAUAUUGUGCGUAAAGUACCUUGUAAGAUUAUACUUACAACCAUUGUUAUUAUCAUUAGAAAUAAACUGUAUCAGUAUUAUACUGACUCUAUGGUAACAGGAUAGAUGGGAAGGGGGAGUGGAGCCACAUUGUCAGGCAGGCCAAUAACCUACUCUGGAACCUUUUGCCUUCCAACCAGAGCAUUGAGAGACUGGAAUGCAGCUGUGGCAUAUGGUCCUCCUAAUGCUGGGCUAUCAUGUAUAAAACCUCAGUGGACAGACAUGAGUGUCUCCUGACCAUAUGUUGUUCCUAUGCUGGGUGGAUGGGUCCCACUUGGCUCGGUAUAGUACUCCUAUAUGAAGUACUGAAGUUUAGUACUGUGAGUAAGGACAUGUAGUAAGAUGGCAGUGGGGAAGUGUCACAUCUCUCGUUGAGCUCAUGGCCCUCUCUUGGUUGUAUGCUGGCUAAGCUCACAGCUUUCCUGACCUCUCAGACACUUUAUGUUAUAGAAGUUGAGGCUCAAGUCACUUUACUGAUGGACCCGCAGUAAAGCUGACAACGUCUCAUGCCUUUGAUAUAUGAAGCAGCUGCAUUCUUGACUCUUCAAAUCAAAAUACGAUAAUCCUUUUUAUUUUAGAAUUUGUUUAUUUACUAUAUUUUUGUUUUCUUCACAAAACCUGAGUAGUUGAGUGACUAAAAUAACCUCUUAAGUAUGUAGUGUUGAAUCAUUUGUUUGUCUUCUUUGUUUUAUCACUAUGUACAGUAUGUGCAAUAUCUUCGUACUGAUUUUGUACAUUCAGAACAAAAAAGUGUCCCUUCUGUUUGUUUUGUGUGUUUUCAUGUUGCGUCGUUAUUUAUUUAGUUCGGACCCCUGUCAUUCUCUCUCAGUGGCUUAAUGUGUGGCUGUUCUCAUGGGAAACACAGUCCUGGAAUUUUUCGAAUUCAGUGGAAUGUCUAAAAAGUGAUUUUGCAUGUAAUGUUAUUGAUGUGAGGCUAACCUCAGCACAUUGUAUAACAAAUCAGUGUUACCAUAGCGAUUGAAGUGCAAUCACAUAAAAAAAUGCAGACUUGUAGGCCCUUUACAGGUUCAAGUCUGUUAUCAUGUUGUCCUGGAAGAGAUUCAGGUUAAAAAUAUUUGUUUGUUUUUUCAUUUCAGAUGAUAUACUUACUUACACAGUUGACGGCAGUGCUUGACUUGGACUGAAAUAGGUUCUGGUACUCAUUUUGGGUGCCGGUACUGUUUAUAUUUAGGUGCAGGAGCUCCUUAAUACUUAUGAGCUAAUAUUCUAUAAGAGGAACAGGACUGCAAGCAGUAGUUUGAAGUGCCGGUACUCUGCUCCGGUGUCCCAAGUCAAGCACUGGUUGACGGUGAAAAGAAAGAGGAAUGUGUGUAUAUAUUUUAAUAAAGGAAUAUGCUUCCCUCUGGGUAGAACAGAAAUAUUUUGCUGGAUAAGCACAUAUGAAGGAGCGCUUUCAUUUUUCAGGAAAUCCAGAUCUAAUAUACAGCAAAGAAAUGCAAAUAAAACAAAGGAACUGGGUUAUAUGUAAAGAAAAAUAUCUUUCUACAUUCUACAAAAUAAGAGUAUAUUAUCGUGUGUACAUUAAAGUAAAAGUAAACUGUUUGUCCCAAUAUUCAGGGUGUAAAUGUAUUUUAACAUUCACUAAGAAAACCACAACCAUAAGUCAGACUUCCCAUUGGGCACACACUGAUUGAAUCAAUGUUGUUUCCACAUUAUUUCAAUGAAAUUACGCUGAACCAACGCGUAAUAGACGUUGAAUUAACAUCUGUGCCCAGUGGGUUGAGGCCUAGGCUUCACUCAACACGUCUGUUCAUGUUAGAUCCAUGAUAUUAUAACAACAAAUAAGGAAAUGUAGACAGAUAAACAUAUCUUAUCUAGGACAUGAAUAAUCAAUUGAAUGUCUUUCUAAUUAUUUCAUAUUUUCUUUUUUGUAACUCAGAAAUGGUCGGACAAUGUAAAAAUAGAGAACGAAAUGUAUACAUUUAUCUUGAUAUGUGUUGUAGUGCUUCAAGAAAUGUCCACAGUCAUCUAAAGUCUGAUAAGUACCCCCACAAUGCACUGCAUGGACCUGAUGCAUCAUGUGUCUUUUUCACUGUGAGCUGACUGAACAGGUCAGCCUGUAAAGUUGAUUGACUUUAUUUCCUCUCUCUUUUCAUUGGUUUAGAUUUGGAAUCUCCUGAUGUUGACUUGCUCUUGCUGUCCCACAUUAAGCUGAUUGUUACUGGAGCUCAGCAUGCAUUUCAUCUACAUAGCCAUUGUAAAAAGAACCAAACAUAAACACCGUCACACUUCUGUUAUUAUUGAGCCUGAGUGCUUUAGUUAUGGAAAUAGGAGAGUAGAAGUGUUGAUUAUGGAAUUCUAAAAAGGGUGGUUUAUCUAUAAAGAAGACGAGAAGGGACCAAGUGGGAGAAAAAUGAUAGUGAGUAUAUUAUCACUACUCUAAUUCAAUAUCUGCGGUGGAGAUCAUAUAAGGUUAUAUGGGAGGUGGAAAGUAUGAUUUUCAACAUAUCUCUCGUCUCUGCCGCCAACAUUAGUGAACGGUCAUUUGCUGUGGAUCUCAAAGACAGACUGUUAUAAAGUUCCCUGCCGCCUACACACUCUCUCAUCCCAUGCUACAAGCUGUUCUAUCAGGCGCAAGACACACUUUUAAAAAAGGAAAGACGAGUGGCCUCAUUUCAAUGUGCAUUCAGUUUGUCCAGUGAGUAGUGAGUCAGUAAGACCCCAGUUAUCGUAAAACUUCAACUGUGACAAUGUUGACAACGCUAAAUAAACAAAUAUAUGACUUAUGGUAUGCAUGUGUUGGUCUUUGGUUUUCUAAUGUGUAUUAUCGUGUCAAUUCUUGUGGUGCAAUCUUUUCCCUUUUAUCUUACCAAGUAAAAUCAAGUAAAACCCUUAGAAAAGGUACCCUUAGAACGUGUUAUCUACUUAGAUACAUGUUGUAUAUGUAUCAGCGAGGUAAAUACAAAAGGAAAGUAUUCUGUAGUUUUGACCUGUGUUAUGGUUAGUAAACAGUCAGUAAUACACAGUGUAACCACUGGAGGACGCACACAUGAAUAGAGAUUAAGCUGUGUCAGCACCACCUAGUGGUGCGAUGGGUUUCUAGACAGUGUUUACUACUUGAUCGUACUGCUAUAAUACAGUAGAGUACAGUCAGAAGUUAGGCCAGCACAUGCACUAAUUCGUAAUUUUACCUCUGGAGUAAGAUUGUGACAGGGUAGCAGCAUACUCUACAUAGAACAGAUAGGCUACCUGCUGACACAGUAAUGGUAGGUAUAUAGCAAUAAGAAGUGAAUGGGCAUGUUGAUUGCAGUUAUGGAGGCUCAUACCAAGGAUAUGAAAAUACCACAUUGGUCCUCAUUGGUUAAAUGUACAGCAGAACUACAUUACAAACUCACUUAAAAGCCUCUACCACAACUGAACACUUUAACAUGAUGAGCCUUUUCAGCCCAUAGGAAAUAUGUUUUACCCACAUCACUGUUAUUUCUAGUAGAUCCAUACAUGUUACAUACACCUCUAUGUUGCCACAACAUAUUUGAAAUACUAACACAUCAUUUUUUUCUGUACUGUAUGUAUACAUUUGAUAUAGCAUGUUUUUCCUCCUGCAGGAUGCUCUUCGGUUCAGGGCUAGCCAUCCUGCUCCUCCUGGCCACAUCCAGUGCACAGCCCAGCCCAAAGCCUGCCGGUGUUCAGCUUUACAGCCUUCAGGACUACAUGUCAACUGCAGCUCCAUGAGCCUCAUGGAAGUGCCAUCUCUCUCCAGACACCACAGAGCUCCACCCCCAGAACAACCAGCUGUCCACAGUAUAUCCAGGGCACUUUGACAGUCUGCAAGACCUGAGGAGGGUCACCCUGUCUAGGAACCUUUUCCACUGCGACUGUGGCAUCCAGUUCCUGAGGAUCUGGCUGAGGAGGAACAGGGCUGUCGUGUCUGGUGGGGUGCCUACCUGUGCCAGCCCCAGUAGUGUGGCACACACAGCGAUCACUGAGCUCAGUGAUGCCUACUUCUCCUGUGCCCAGCGAAGCUGUGCAGGUGGGGCGUAUGACAUCCUGGUGGGGGUGAUGCUGUGUGGGCUCAUCAGCCUGCUGCUGUGGGGCCAGAGGCUGGCCAAGAAGGCCACCUUCACUCCGGAAAUCGAUCAGAGACACGCAGGGUUGGAGGCGGACUCUCUGAGGUCGCUGAAGCCCAAACACAGGAGGCUCCAGAGGACUCUGUCUGAGGAGAGUGAGAACUCUGCCUCUCUCACCUGGACAGACGACCCAGAGAGACCUCUGAUUAACAUGGAGAUAUUGCCACAAAUACUGGACGUAUUGCAUAAGAAGCGCAAUAUAAAGAUGAAGGCAACAUAA